CUUCUUAUCUAAUGCAGCAACCUUCACCUGUAUCGCAGUCUGCACAAAGGCCUCCCCCAGGACAACAACCCGUCCGCCCUAUGGGUUUUAGACCUCAAGGAGUACCAGCUGGUUUCCGUCCUCCCAUGCAACCUAGACCGGGAUUUCAAGCACCUAAUGGAGGCACUCCCCCUCCUCAUCCGGGGCUUCCUGGUGGCAUCCGUCCAGGUUUUGUACCUAAUCAAGCUCGACCUAUGAUGAGACCCGUAGGUCAGUCACCUAUUCAACCACAUGCUCGUCCUAGCCUUGGAAGUCCUGUUGUCGCCGCUGCUUCUCCUAUUCAACAACACCAGCAACCACAACAAAUACACCAACAGCAACAGCAACAACAACAACAACAACAGGAGCCACCAAUGUCACCCACAGCACAACACUCCACUGCUGAGCAUCAUAGAAGAAAGAGAAUGUAUCCUGAACAAAUUACAAAGGCAUACUCUGGAGACGUGCCCACUUCGCCUGGAUACCCUCCUAUACAACAACAACAACAAUAUGGCUCACCUGCCAUGUCAGCACAGCAACCCGUACAACAGCAGUUUGUUUCUCCCAUGGGUACACCCGCUGUCGGAUCCCCUUACACUCAACCUCAACAACCUUUACAACAACAACAGGCAUAUGGUCAACAACAACAGCCUGCUUACAACGCGUAUAAUCAAGAUCCUGUUAACCAGAUGUCAUCUCAAUUUGGAAACAUGAGUGUGGGUGCUCCUCCUGCCACAGUCACUCCCGCUGUUCCUUUGUUAGGUGCUCGCCCUCAGAUUGCAGACAUUGGAUAUUCUGGACCUGCCAUUCGUUUACCACCUAACAUUUCAGUAACCGAUUCUCCUAAUGUUAAUUGCGAUCCUUCUUACCAAGCUUCGACCAUUAAUGCUAUCCCCGCAACCGAAGCUUUAUUGAAGAAAUCAAGAUUGCCUUUUGCGCUUGUCUUGGCACCUUAUAGAAGUUUGAAGGAAGGGGAUGAACCCGUCCCAGUUGUAAAAGAUAGCGUAAUUGCUAGAUGUAGACGUUGUAGAACUUAUAUCAAUCCUUUCGUUACAUUUGUAGAAGGUGGUCAACGUUGGAAGUGUAAUAUGUGUUUCUUGUUGAAUGAUGUACCCGCAGCAUUUGAUUAUGACAACCAAACACAACAACCUGCCGAUCGAUGGAAGAGACCCGAAUUAAACUAUGGUUGUGUUGAAUUCGUUGCACCAACUGAAUAUAUGGUGCGCCCUCCUCAAGCCCCCUCCUUUGUUUUUGUGAUUGAUGUCUCUUAUUCUGCCAUUCAAUCUGGUAUGUUGGCAACUGCUGCCCGUACUAUUCUUGACUCUCUUGAUCGUUUGCCCAAUUAUGAAAGUCGCACUCGUGUCGGUAUUAUUACUGUUGAUUCUGCUAUUCAUUUUUACAACUUGAACCCCAGUUUACCUGAGCCUCAAAUGUUGAUUGUCUCUGAUUUAGAUGAUAUCUACUUGCCCCAACCUAAUGAUUUAUUAGCCAAUUUAACCGAAAGUAUGCAAACUUUGAAAACUUUAUUGGAAAAGUUACCCGAUAUGUUUAAGGACUCCGUUAAUGUUAACAACGCUUUGGGUACUGGUCUUCAAGCUGCAUUCAAGAUGUUAUCUCCUGUCGGUGGUAAAAUUAUUUGCUUGCAAUCCACUUUACCCAACACAGGUACCGGUACUUUGAAACCCCGUGAAGAUGUUAAACUUCUCGGUACAUCUAAGGAAUCCACUCUUCUUACCGCUGCUUCUCCCUUCUACAAGUCUUUUGCUGUGGACUGCUCCCGUUCUCAAGUUGCUUGUGACAUGAUCAUCUUUGGUGGUCAGUAUUCUGACGUUGCUUCCCUUAGUUGUGUUCCCCAUUAUACUGGUGGUCAAACAUACUACUACCCUGGAUUCAAUGCUAGUCGUACCGAAGAUGCUCUCAAGUUUGCCCACGAGUUCUCUGAAUUAUUAGCUGAACAAAUUGGUUUAGAAGCUGUUAUCCGUAUCCGUGCUUCUCGUGGUUUGCGUAUGAGUGCUUUCCAUGGUAACUUCUUCAUCCGUUCCUCUGAUCUUUUGGCUCUUCCUAAUGUGCCUCGUGACCAAAACUAUGUCGUUGAGGUUACUAUGGAGGAUGAUCUUAAGGUUCCUACUGUUUGUUUCCAAACUGCUUUAUUACACACCUCUUGUACCGGUGAAAGACGUAUCCGUGUUAUCACUAUGUGCUUGCCUGUCAGUAAUUCUAUUUCUGAAUUAUAUGCCAGCGCUAAUCAACAAGCUAUUACAGCAUAUCUCGGAGUCAAAGCCGUUGAACGUGCUCUUACUUCGAAGCUCGAUGAUGCUCGUGAUGCCAUCGUCAACAAGAUCGUUGACAUUUUGGGCGUUUAUAAGACUCACGUUUUAGGAUCAGGUCAAGGAUCCACACCUCAAUUGACAGCUCCUGACAAUCUCAAACUUCUCCCAUUGUUUGCUCUUGGUUUGAUCAAGCACGAUGGUUUGCGUCAAAGCUCUCAAAUCCCUACCGAUAUGAGAUCCAAUGCUAUGAACAUGUUAAACACCAUGCCUUUACAACUUUUGAUUCCCUAUCUUUACGCCAAUCUUUAUUCUUUACAUAAUAUGCCAGCUGAUGCUGGAGAAAUCACUGAAAAUGGUGUUGUAUUCCCUCCUGCUUUGAAUUUAACUGCCGAGAACUUGGAAGUUCAUGGAUGUUACCUUUUAGAAAAUGGACAAAAUAUUUACUUGUGGGUUGGACGUAAUGUUGUUCCUCAACUUUGUGCUGAUCUUUUCGAUGUCAAGUCUUAUGAAGGAUUAAAGGGUGGCAAGGUCACUUUGCCUAUUCUCGAAACUCCCCUUAAUAGAAAGGUCAAUACAUUAAUCGGCAAACUGAGGGAGAUGCGUCGUGGUAAUUACUACCCUACACUUUAUUUAGUUAAGGAAGAUGGCGAUCCUUAUCUCAGAUUAUGGUUCUUGGCUCAUUUGAUUGAAGAUCGCACAGAUAACAUUAUGAGUUAUCAACAAUUUUUACAACAUAUUAAGGAUAGAGUCGGUUCAGCAUCAUUCUAAAAAAAAAAACUUAAAAAAACUACGAACAAAAAAUGGAAGGGGAAAUAAAAGAGAAAUUCAUUUUUAUUAUUUCCUUUCAUAAUUAUUAUAUCUUCUUUUGGCCUAUUUUUUCUUAUUCUUUUUCCCUAAAAAUAUUAAUAAAACAUUCUUAAAAUAUU